AUGGAGACGACCCCGGCUGCUAAGGAGCGGAACGAGCUGUUCCAAAAACUGAAGCCAUGCUGCGUUCAGGUGAGCCAGCUGGCGAUCCGGGAGGCGGGAGACCCAAAGUCGCAUCGACAAGUGCUGCAGCUGGUCGAUCAAAUCCUCGACAUUCUGAACCAGCAGAUCUCUACGAACCCCCUGGCCCUGGACGAGAAACUUGCCGAAUAUGUCUUCUUCCCCCUCCACCACAUCUUUCGCCAGCUGGAACGAUACCCUAUGAGCGUAGUUGAAGACUGCGUCAAAAUUCUAACCAUUCUCAUCGUUCAUGGCUGGAAGACUAAGAUAUCCGCCAAGCUGGUGCAGCAGAUAUUCAGCUUUCUCAUCUUCAUCAUUGAUGGUGUUCCUGGAUCGCAGAAGCGGGACAUUCCCGAAGAGACGGUGCUUGAAGCUUUCCGGGCCGAAACAGCGCUUCUUACGACAGCGGGCUCAUCCCCGGUGGCGGCAGCAGGUCUCUCUGAGCCCGAAUCUAUACCGGCGCUUGGUCAUGGAAUUACCGUCAUGCUGGACGGAGUUGCCGAAGGUGCGAGCGCCGAGAUUCAGCAUGAGGCGCUGAGGAGUCUGGAAGCCGUUUAUGGUGCGAUCAAGGAGCAUGCUGCGCUGGCCAGCUUUCUCCCCGGCACUAUCUCAUCGCUUGCAAAGGUGCUGUCAAAGCCGUCUCGAUAUAAGAAGCUGGUAUUAGCCCGAUGUCUCGGGACUGUGCGGGUGGUUUUGACUCGGGUGCUGUCGGAUAUGCGGACACGAUCUAUUCUCGCCAAAGAAUCGGAAAGCCAAAGCCAUGAGGACAAGUCCAAGGUCCUCAGCCCGGCAUGGCUGAAGGCUACUGUGGCCCAAGUUCAAGUGGCGUUGUCGGUCAUGAUGAAGCUACGGACGCACGAGGCAGUCGAGGUCCGCGAGGCUCUCGGGCGACUAUGCGUAGCCUUGCUGGACGAGUGCCACACGACUCUGGCAAACUGCACCAACAUCCUCGUCGAAACAUCGGUGAUUCUUGACAAGGGGCCAGAUGAAGACUCAAUGACUGAAACAAACUUGAGAUAUCUGAUAAACAUUUAUCCUGAAUUGGGCGAGAGUGUCAAAUCAACAGUCUACAACUGGAUGUCGAGUCUUCCUCGUCUUGUACAAGCAAGCGAUGAGAAGGUCAAGGAGCAAGCAGUCUACAAUCUGACCAAGGGGAUUGAGUUGCUGCGAAGCCUUAGAAUCGAGUCCUCGACGCUCGAUGAUUCAAUCAGCAGCACUUUGAGGGAGAGCUUGAUGGCAGUGGUUAGCGCGUCGAAAGAACAGCAAACCAAUACCGGAAACCGUGUCCUGCUGCUUGAUGAUGGGUCACCAGCUUCAGCCGCACCGAGCCAAUCCGAUUUCCAACCAGUCAUACUGGGUCACGAAGGGCAGCGGAGGCUGAAGAGCGAGAUCAUGGAUCUUGCGCGAACUGUUGCCUCCACGUCUCAGCACACGAAGAUUGCUGCGAACAUGCUGGACUGCGUUCGGGAAUCAGCGUCCCUCAGCCAGCUGACGGCAUACUGGCUAUGCUUUGAAUUGGUCAAGGCCUCACAUGCCGCCUCCAAAGACACGGACGCUCUGUUUGACCUCUCUGCAUUUACCGACCAGUCGGACGACAUCAACCAAGUCUUUGACGAGCUUUAUGACUUUUCUGUGCAAGUGCUGGAUUCACACACCGAGACGGCGCAGGUUGACUGGCGCCUGGAAGCCAUUGCCCUUGAGAUCAUGGCUUAUGCCGCACAUAGGUCUGGCGAGAACUUUCGACCGGAGCUCGUUGACGUGCUCUUCCCCGUCGCCACGUUUCUGGGCUCGGAAAAUGCAAACCUACAGCAGCAUGCCAUUACUACGCUCAACAGCAUAGCAUUAUCCUGUAGGUACUCCAGCGUCUCAGAGCUCAUCAUCGACAACGUCGACUACAUGGUGAACUCGGUCUCGCUGCGGUUGAACACAUUGGACAUCUCUCCGGCCUCUACGCAGGUCCUGAGGAUGAUGGUACGAUUGGCGGGCCCUCGCCUUGUGCCGUUUCUGGACGAUGUCGUUGAGUCGAUGUUUGCUGCCCUGGAGAACUACCACGGAUAUACAUCCUUCGUGGAGAGCCUCUUUUCUGUGCUGAAGGAGAUUGUGGACCAAGCAUCUCAAGCGGAUGGCCGGCUUCUCACCGAAGCUGAGAUGUCAUCCAUCAAUCACAAGAAGAAGGCGGAAGAGAUGGAGAAUCUGGAUAUGCUUCUGGAGUUUCUCGAUCGGCGGAAGGAAAGGGAAGAGCGCGACAGAGCCGAGAUGGAGGGAUUAGAACCAACAGGAGGACACCCGGGAAUCCCGUGGACGAGCGGCUUGGCGCAGGGACAAGACGAACAAGACGGUGGUCAAGACCAAGAGAUGCCGCCACCAGAAGAGGAAAAGAAGCCAAACUCACCCACCUACCAACUCCUCCAGCGCGUGGCAAGCCUCACGCAGCACUACCUAACGUCGCCGACGCCGACACUGCGAAGGUCACUGCUCGAACUCGUCACCACGGCAUCCUCGGUCCUCGCGGCUGACCAAGAUGCCUUUUUGCCUCUCGUCAACGCCAUCUGGCCGGUAGUCAUAGCGAGACUGCACGAUCCAGAGACGUUUGUCGUGGUUGAAGCCUGCGAGGCGCUGUCUGGACUGUGCAAGGCGGCGGGAGACUUCUUGAGCACUAGAUGGAAGACGGAGUGGUGGGACGGGCUUGGCAAUUGGUGUCGCAAAGUCAAGCAGCAGGCUUCUGGCAGUAAGGCUCGCACGAGUGUCCCUUUGAAGAGCUCCCUUUCACAGUCUCUGCCGCAGGUCUCGGGUGGAGGGGGACUCGGCCAGUAUGCGUCGCCUAUAAGGACCUGGGAAGCAGUGGUGAAGCUCCUGACUGCUAUUGUUUCCUAUGUGAGGGUGGAGGAUGACAUGUUUGAUGAGAUAUUGGAGUUGCUGGCAGAAGCCAUGGAGAGGGACCGGGAUGUGAGAGAUGCGCUGGAGGUGAUUAAUGCAGAUGCCGUUUGGGUAGUGAGGUAUGAGCGUGGGCUUGUCGAGUGGAGGCCUGCUCCGGUCAUGGAGGGGGUGGUGUUUCCCGAAAUGGAGAGAGUGUCAUGA